GGCAAACUAAUGAUAUAUCAGUCCGCGGGAUGCGCAGCGGGUACACCCAAAAAACAGGCCGAACGUUUUUGUUCAGCGCAGCAAACACUCAAGUUUGAAACGUUAGCUCACAUAUUUUUUCGUGUCUUUUUCAGGCUUUUCUUUGGCGUCGUGCACCAAAUGUUACAGGAGUUGUUAUUAGCACUCUAUGGCGUUCCAGGGGCUCUAUUCGUUGAAACAUCUUCACCGACUGCUGAGGAUUCGCAUGCCUUCGUUGUCGAGACAGAGUUGGUACCGGUCUCAGAAAAUCUACCCUUCGUUUCACAGGGCGAGCUGUCCCUACAAUUAGACCUUUUAAAACUCGGAAGUUGUUAUAGACACUUGGAACAUUUCAUCCGGCGUCAUGCCGGGCCACACUAUAGUCUUUACUUUUCUGCCCUCGCCUGUGGGCUAGAUGAUGCUCUCGCAGCCUAUCGUCAGUCCUUGGUUCGCUUGGAAUCCGAAGUGCUCUCCAAUCCGGAUCUAAGUGUUGCUCAUUUCGCCUAUCGCCUUCAUUCCUACAAGUUGCUCCUACCAUUCCUGGCCGACCUUGCCCAAAAAAUCGAAAGUCUUAACGAAAAAGAAAAGGCUGUCCAACAUCGUCUGGGCUGUAGGUUACUAGAUAUUCUAGUUCUCUCAGCUCCAGUUGGACUGCCUGGUCCUCGGUUGGCUGUUCGUCAACUUGUAGCCCGUGCCAUGCGUAUAUUCUGCCGACAACUUCACUCUUGGCUCGUUUAUGGUAGACUACAUGAUCCUCAUGAUGAGUUCUUUGUGCAGUGCAGCACUCGAGUUAGGGAAGAUGCCCUCAAGCCUUCUUCGACAGAUGACCAGUUUCAGUUUCGUGAUUCCAACUCGUUCACAUUGGUUGUGGACCGCAUUCCUUCAUUUCUUCCCGCUUCUUUUGCCACACAUGUGUUGUCUGUGGGAGAAGCCAUCAACCAUACGAUUAGGGACAAUUCACAACCCGAUUUCCUUAGCGAAUUAGAACAACGAUUUGGCCCGCGGUUUACGGAAUUAUCCAAAGUUUGGGAGCUAGUUUCCAAAUCUGCUGGAAACGAGGAUGAACAGGCAGGAAUUGAGAGUCUGAUUGAUUUGAAUCCACUCUUAUCUCUGGUAACUGAUAUUCGCACUUUUGUAUCGCAUCGGGUUUGGCAACUUUUGGUUAAGGAACAUGGCUUGACGAAAUACUUAGUUUCGGUCAAAGAAGUGGCCUUACUUGGUCGUGGGGAGCUGUUUUUGGCUUUUGUGGACCAAUUGAACUCGUUGAGUGACUUAGAUCCGCUGGCCAAUACAGGCGACACUGUACCAAUCGGAGGUAUCAAACCUUUGUUCUGCCGAGGUGUUCUUGAUCGCCCACCACCUAGGAACGCAGAUGAAGCCCAGGCACUGGAGUACGAUGUGCAAACAGCCUUUCUUGCUGCGGCGCGAGCCAUCGGCUUGGAUGAUGAUGAGCUGGAUGCUAGAUUCAAGUUUACCAUAUCUGCAGAUCCAAGCGAUGUGGACGGCGUUCCCGCCGAGGAGCAAACGGCAUGGGAUCGUUUAUCGUAAUUUCAGAAACCUACUGAGACCUUAAAACUCUACCGAAAUCCCAUAAAGGAAGCCGGCAAGCAUCCAGGUCACUCGACCACUCAAUCAGUUCAGCAAAAGCCGGAGUUGUUAUUAGCACUCUAUGGCGUUCCAGGGGCUCUAUUCGUUGAAACAUCUUCACCGACUGCUGAGGAUUCGCAUGCCUUCGUUGUCGAGACAGAGUUGGUACCGGUCUCAGAAAAUCUACCCUUCGUUUCACAGGGCGAGCUGUCCCUACAAUUAGACCUUUUAAAACUCGGAAGUUGUUAUAGACACUUGGAACAUUUCAUCCGGCGUCAUGCCGGGCCACACUAUAGUCUUUACUUUUCUGCCCUCGCCUGUGGGCUAGAUGAUGCUCUCGCAGCCUAUCGUCAGUCCUUGGUUCGCUUGGAAUCCGAAGUGCUCUCCAAUCCGGAUCUAAGUGUUGCUCAUUUCGCCUAUCGCCUUCAUUCCUACAAGUUGCUCCUACCAUUCCUGGCCGACCUUGCCCAAAAAAUCGAAAGUCUUAACGAAAAAGAAAAGGCUGUCCAACAUCGUCUGGGCUGUAGGUUACUAGAUAUUCUAGUUCUCUCAGCUCCAGUUGGACUGCCUGGUCCUCGGUUGGCUGUUCGUCAACUUGUAGCCCGUGCCAUGCGUAUAUUCUGCCGACAACUUCACUCUUGGCUCGUUUAUGGUAGACUACAUGAUCCUCAUGAUGAGUUCUUUGUGCAGUGCAGCACUCGAGUUAGGGAAGAUGCCCUCAAGCCUUCUUCGACAGAUGACCAGUUUCAGUUUCGUGAUUCCAACUCGUUCACAUUGGUUGUGGACCGCAUUCCUUCAUUUCUUCCCGCUUCUUUUGCCACACAUGUGUUGUCUGUGGGAGAAGCCAUCAACCAUACGAUUAGGGACAAUUCACAACCCGAUUUCCUUAGCGAAUUAGAACAACGAUUUGGCCCGCGGUUUACGGAAUUAUCCAAAGUUUGGGAGCUAGUUUCCAAAUCUGCUGGAAACGAGGAUGAACAGGCAGGAAUUGAGAGUCUGAUUGAUUUGAAUCCACUCUUAUCUCUGGUAACUGAUAUUCGCACUUUUGUAUCGCAUCGGGUUUGGCAACUUUUGGUUAAGGAACAUGGCUUGACGAAAUACUUAGUUUCGGUCAAAGAAGUGGCCUUACUUGGUCGUGGGGAGCUGUUUUUGGCUUUUGUGGACCAAUUGAACUCGUUGAGUGACUUAGAUCCGCUGGCCAAUACAGGCGACACUGUACCAAUCGGAGGUAUCAAACCUUUGUUCUGCCGAGGUGUUCUUGAUCGCCCACCACCUAGGAACGCAGAUGAAGCCCAGGCACUGGAGUACGAUGUGCAAACAGCCUUUCUUGCUGCGGCGCGAGCCAUCGGCUUGGAUGAUGAUGAGCUGGAUGCUAGAUUCAAGUUUACCAUAUCUGCAGAUCCAAGCGAUGCGGACGGCGUUCCCGCCGAGGAGCAAACGGCAUGGGAUCGUUUACACCUUCAGCUUAUGGUACCACAAGCUUUGCGAAUGGUCUUCUCCAAGCAUGUUUGUCGCGGUUACGACAAACUUUUUCGUUACCUGGCUACGAUAAGACGGACUCAAAUAGCAUUACAACAUUACUGGGCCGAACAGACAUCGUUGUGGCGAUGUAUUUGCGCCCGACAGCAAUUUUCUCAUAUUCUGCCGCACAAAGAUAACCCUAAUGAGAAAAACCAGAUGAGCUCUCUUGAGCGACAGUCUAAUAUUGAUCGACGUUUACUGGUGCGCAACGCGAUGGCCUUUUUCGUGGAAAGCUUGCAGUGUUUCUUGCAAAUUGAUGUUAUCGAUUCUCAGUUUUCAUAUUUGUCCAACCGGAUCGAGACAGACGAAGAUAUCGACUCCGUCCUCGCCGCUCAUGAAGCAUUUUUGGCCGGUCUGCAAGCACAAGCGCUCCUCUUUCAUCCCGCUGCCAAGCCAUGCAUCAUGCAGUUGCUUUCCGUUUGCAGACGUUUUGUACUGGCCGCUGCAGCCGCCGCAGCAAUGACUGACAAUUCGGGAUCACAGUUGUCUGAAACAGAGGAUCGGCUUGUCUAUGACUUUCAUCAGGUCUCCUCAGCUCUUUUCCAGUGUUUGAGUAGUUCCGAAUCCACAGGGGCAAAGAGCAGUGUUGGUCUGGAAGAAGUUGGUACCAAGCGAUACGAUCAGCCCGCAGGUCCUAGAGCCGAUCUAAGCCAGUUGUUACUACGUCUGGAUUUCAAUCAUUUCUACAGCGACUCGCGCGGUUCUUUUCGACCCUGGUCCCGUGUGGGCUCCGCUUCGGACGGCACUACUGUGAUUUAACGCAGCAAGACUUUGGCCUCGUCCUGUUUCGACAAUCAGAACCAUAUCUUUUCUAUUCGUUUUAUACGCGUACUUCUUUGCCUUUUGCCACUAUAUUUUUCUUACGCCAAGCGGUUUCCCGUGACCUGUGCACCCUAGCUUUUUAUAACACAAUAAAGCGGUUUACGG